AUGGCAAUGAUCGGAGAACUGUUGCUUCCUGGCGAGGAUCAUCACUCCUGAAGCGUAGAGCUAAUCACAUUGGUAGUAUGUUCUCAAAUCGAAUUCUCUUGACUAUUAGGACUCGGGCUGUUGGAAUUGGCAGUCACCGGUCCACUCUCCGGUUCGGGAGGAUCGGCACCCCAUCCUUUGUCCACCGAGGAAAAUUUUGCUUUAUUUUCCUACCACUCAUGGCCUAAGAAAGUGGGAUUAGUUUGAGCUUGAUCAAUGAAUACUUUUUAAGUCCAGCUCCUGUUUCAGCAUCUAAAAAAGGGCGUUAAGGAAAGGAAAAGAAUCGAGGAAGUGGUGGAAGGUUUCUGAACUUUCUCUACCAUAUCAUUCAUGGUCUAAUGGAGACAUGAUCAUGAUAAAAGUCCUCUGGACCCUGCCUUGGUGGAUCUUGAUCGGAAGGAAACUGCAGCAGCAACGGUUCACAUGUCCUCCCAAAAGAAGGAGCUUCUGUCAACAGCCAUGAAGAGAACCAGCGAAUGGAUUUUGUCUCAGGAGAUUCCUAGUGAUGUUACUAUUCAUGUAGGAGGAGCUUCUUUUUCCCUGCACAAGUUUCCAUUAGUCUCAAAAUGUGGAUACAUAAGGAAACUGGUUUCAGACUCCAGCGAUGCUGAUCUUUCUGCUAUUGAAAUCCCGGACAUUCCAGGUGGGGCAGAAGCAUUUGAGCUUGCAGCCAAAUUCUGUUAUGGAAUAAAUUUCGAGAUAAGCAUAGAAAACAUUGCCAUGCUCCGAUGUGCGGCAGAGUAUCUUGAGAUGACUGAGGACUAUGCAAUUGGAAACCUUGUGGGAAGAACUGAAGCCUACUUGAAUGAGGUGGCACUCAAGAGCCUUGCAGGUGCAGUUUCUGUACUACACAUGGCUGAAAAUCUCCUUCCCAUUGCAGAGAAAGUUAAAUUGGUCAGCAGGUGCAUAGAUGCAAUAGCGUAUAUAGCCUGCAAAGAAAGCCAGUUUUGUACUUCUGCAAAGGCUGAGCGUGGCAUUGAUGGCGCAAUUUCUUCAGUGUCUCACCCCAAACCUAUAGUUGAUUGGUGGGCUGAAGAUUUAACUGUUUUUAGGAUUGACAUCUUCCAAAGGGUUCUGAAUGCAAUGAUGGCAAGAGGGUUUAAACAAUAUGAUCUUGGUCCUAUACUAAUGCUUUAUGCAAAGAAAUCUCUUAGAGGUUUGGAAACGUUUGGGAAGGGGAGAAAGAAAAUUGAGCCAAGUGAAGAACACAAGAAGAGGGUUAUUUUAGAAACAAUUGUAAGCCUUUUGCCAAGGGAAACAAAUGCAUUGUCUGUUAGUUUUCUUUCUAUGCUCCUCCGUGCAGCAAUAUACCUUGAAACUACUGUUGCUUGCCGCCUUGAUUUGGAGAAGAGAAUGGCCCUGCAAUUGGGCCAGGCUGUUCUGGAUGAUCUCUUGAUUCCUUCCUAUUCUUUCACUGGGGAUACAUUGUUUGAUGUGGACACUGUGCAGCGAAUCAUGAUGAAUUACCUUGAAUAUGAAACUGAAGGAAAACAUUUGGGAUACAAAACAGAUGAUGAUUACUUUUCUCCACGAAGCGACGUGGAACGAGUGGGAAAGCUAAUGGAGAACUAUCUAGCUGAAAUAGCGUCUGAUCGAAAUCUUUCUGUUUCAAGGUUCAUUGGUCUCGCUGAACUCAUUCCAGAACAAUCAAGGGUAACAGAGGAUGGGAUUUACAGAACCAUAGAUAUCUACCUCAAGGCUCAUCCAACUCUAAGCGACAUAGAGAGGAAAAAAGUUUGCAGCUUGAUGGACUGUCAAAAACUCUCUAGGGAAGCCUGUGCUCAUGCUGCUCAAAAUGACCGGCUUCCUGUGCAAACUGUGGUUCAAGUACUUCACUAUGAACAGCAACGUUUUCAAGAUGUCAUGAAUGGAAGCCUUACUAAUGGAGAUUCCCCUACCACUUCUUCCAAACUGGACUUACUCCCACUAGACAUCCACCCAGUUUCAGGUGAAUUAUCCAGCUUAAAAAGAGAAAACGAGGACCUAAAACUAGAGAUAGUGAAGAUGAAAAUGAAAUUGAAAGAAAUAGAAAGACUAUCAGUAAAGUCAGCAGCAGCCACUCCUAUGGGAAAUAGUCUGCCCUCAUCUGAUAAGCCUCCUUUGCGUCGAAAAUCAUUUAUAAACACUGUUACUAAGAAACUUGGACGGCUUUAUCCAUUUUUUCGUUCAGAUGGAGUGUCACCUUCCAGUGCCAAAGGUUGGACAAGACCCAGCAAGGAACGGAGGCACUCCAUAUCUUGAAACAUUGGUUUGCUUCUCUUUCACUACUUUGCAAUGUAUUGAUUUAAGUCUAAGAAACCUAGUAGCUGAAAUCUGAUCUUUUUCUGCUUUUCUUUCAUUUGUGGGGGAGUUCUUAUAUUGAUCCCCUCUAAAUCUGCUGCUUCUGCGUGAGAUAUUUGAAAACAACAUUAUGUUUCUGAGAAAAACACUUUAUAAUGUCUGGUAAUAGGAAGGUUGUAAUCAUGGAGUUUAUGGCUACUGAAUUGGUAUUUCUCUGCAGCAAUACUUAGCUUUCGCUAUCCUGUAACAUCUUAUAGUUGGCCUGGAGUUGAAAGGGAACACAACUAAUCAAAGUUCUGCCCUCUU